UGCAUAUAUUUAAUGUAAUAUCAUGUUGCGGUAAUGAUAAUUUUUUAUAAUGAUAAUCUAAAAAACUUAAUUCUAUAGAAAAUAUUUUUUAAAUCCUCUGAAAAUAAUGGUUAUAGUAAGUUAAGACCUUAAUCUUAUAUGUGGAAAAAAUGGCUUCAAGGGCUUUUUAAGCUGAUGGCCAUAUACUUCUCUAAUGAUUCAUACUGCAUGCAAGUUGUUUUUAGUGCAUUUAACUCUUUAUUAUUUAUAAAACACUUGUCACAUUUGAUUUCUUUCUACUACUUGUUUUUCAGUCAUUUGGGGUUUCGUGUCCUGCCAGCAGCUUUGUUUGGGAAGAUUAGCAUGUAAUAAAUGCAACUGAGGUUUCUAGUAUGCAAUUACAUUAGGAAGUUUGUCCAAAACUCCUCUGGUGUUAACAACCAGCUGCAACAUCACUAGAGAGUACUCAGAGCCGGUUACCAUAGUGAAGUUUGAUGAUUAUCUAUUUGGAGGUCACUGGGUAUUGCAAUAGUCAUCUGAAGUUGCUUGCACAAACAAUUAAAUGUUUUAAAAGCAAAAUAAAAAUUAAUAAAGUUUACUUAAGGUCAAUUUCAAUCCUUUUAUUAAACUUCUUGUGUCUUUAGGCAUUUUGUACCUUGAAUGUCUUUUUAACAUCUUCAUUAUUUCUCAUCAGGUUGCAGGCAGAAAUUUAAUAUCUUGUGGUGGCAUCAAUCAUGAAGGGUUUAUCCUGUGAUAUAUUCAUGCAGGCACUUUUACUUUUCUCAUCGAUUUCAUUCAUUUUAAUGAUCACAUUAUCAUUAUUUUAAUGGUAUUCGUAUGUGAGGUGACCAUGCAAUUUGCAAAGACAACACGACCUGAGAUGAUUGAUAAUACAGACAGUACCAUCAAUCUCAAGUUUUAUCCUGUAGAGAAGAGUCGUCUUUAAUUACUUAUCAAAUAAAAUCUCCCAGGGCCUGUAAAGAUGCAGCAUGGACUCUGUCUGUCUCAGUUCAGGGUCCUGGAAAAUUGAGCAUCACUCUCAGGAUCAGCUGGAUGGUUCUUGCAUUGUUACCUUAACCUACACUGCUCUGAGCCUGAUCAUGAUCAAAACAAUAACAGCAAUGAGGAGCUGUCUCAGCCAGACAUGGAGAUAAACACAUGUGACAGCACUGCUGAGACAGUUUUACUGUCUGAUGCUAGUAGAGUCAUCAGUCAUGGCCCAGGUCUGACUCUGAGCAACGGCAUUACAGGACAGAAAAACAUGUAGACUUCAGCAAAGCUGUUGAGUGUAGCUUGAAAUUAGGUCCACAACUAGGGGUGGCACCUAGACCCAAACCUCAAGACCCAUAAAAUUGAAAUGCACUAACAUAAAACUAAUAAGUAUUAUGAUUUAUACAAUCCUUUUAGUUAUGCAAGGAUUGUACUACAAAAUUUGCACCGAUAAAAAUGUCCAAUGCCGAUACCGAUAUUCAUUUUUUAUGACAGAUACAGAUAGUUUUGCUAUUCAGAAAGUAUCUGGAUAAAUGUUUGUGUAAUAUUAAAUGAACCGUAUUAAAAAUAUCUAAAUCAUGUGCCAUCUUAUUAAUUAUGUAUUUUAUUAAGAGUAAUUUGACUGGUUUUCCAUCUUAACUCAUUGAUUUAUAAAAGUCACGUGAUCACAGCACACACACUGCUUUCUCUGGAUGCCAUCUCAGUGUUUACUGGGAUAAGCAGACAACUGCUGGGCUUUUAGAUAUGCAAGGACAAACAUUACACUAACCUGCUACAACACAUGCAAUGGGAUGUUUUUUAUCUGUGUCGUGAAGCUGCUGCCAUUCAUUUAAUGAUGCCCAUAUAGGAUAAAACUUAUGAAGUAAGUACUUCUUAACUAUUCCAUAUGUAAAUAUGUUAAAAACUAUGCUUUUGUGACGCCAUGAAAAAACAAAUAGAUGAAAAUGUGUAUAUUUUAAGGUCAUGGUUAGAUAUCUAGGUUACAUGUAUUGAUUGGAUACAAACACAUAUUGCCAAACCCUCCCCUGCUUUAAAUCUGACUAAUGCAACCAAUGUAUAUGAGUUUUAAAAUAAAUCUCUUAAAGUAAUACAUGGCAUUUUCUGUUCAGAAUUCAGAUUGUAUUAUAUUUGUUUUGUUAUUUAGCAGGUUUUUCACUAUCAAAAAACGUCAUCAUGGAUAUGGAUAUGGUGAAUAUGUUUGCCAUCGCUGCAGGGACUCUUGCCAUCCCUCUGCUUUUGUUCAUGGCCUCAUUUAUGCUGUGGCCAUCAUCACUAAUCAAAUUCUAUUAUUGGUACUGGAGGAGAACAUUAGGUUUGCAGAUACGUUAUGCUGACUGUGGAGGUUAUCGCUUCUGUUACUCAUGCAGAGGAAAACCAGGCCUCAGGCCCUCUAUAUUGAUGCUACAUGACUUUUCUGCUCACAAAGAUACGUGGCUCCAGAUGGUGAAGUAUCUUCCUAAACAUCUGCACCUGCUGUGCUUAGACAUGCCAGGCCAUGAGGGCACAACACGUACUUGCACAGAUGACUAUUCAAUUCAGGGCCAAGUCAAGAGAAUACGGCAGUUUGUAGAGGCCAUUCGACUAAACAGAAAACCAUUCCACCUGGUGGGCAUUUCAAUGGGUGGGACGGUAGCAGGAGUAUAUGCAGCCAGCUAUCCAUCAGAUCUCUGCAGUAUGACCCUCAUCUGCCCAGCCGGCCUGAAGAACCAAAACAAAAGCAAGUUUGACAGUCAAAUGCUUGAUGUGGAGCACAGCCAGAACAUGCUGAACAUUCCUCUUAUUCCAUCCAACCCAGAAGACAUGGACGAGAUGCUGAAACUCUGCUCUCAUGUGCGAUUCAGAGUGCCUCAACAGAUUCUUCAAGGCCUGGUGGAUGUAAGGACACCACACAAUGACUUUUAUUAUGAGGUUUUCAUGGCAAUUAUGGGUGAAAAUUCAAGAUUUGCCUUGCAUGAGCACAUACAGCAAAUAACUGCCCCUUUGCAAAUCAUCUGGGGCAAACAGGACCAGAUUGUGGAUGUGUCCGGGGCAGCAGUGCUCAAAGAAGCUAUCCCAGCCUCCCGUGUUGAUCUGUUGGAUAACUGUGGCCAUUCUGUGGUGAUGGAGCGACCACGCCAAACAGCCAAACUCAUUUUUGAUUUUAUUAUCUCCCAGCAGAGCCCAGCGAGUGCCAGCACAAAAAAGAAAUCCUGAGAUGUCUGCCAUCAGCUGUAUAUUUUAUUAUAGUUAAAGCUGAGGUGUGUAAUUUCUGUGCCACUAGAGCAGGGAUGGGCAACUUCGGUCCUGGAGGGUCGGUGUCCUGCAGAGUUUAGCUCCAACUUAGCUCCCAAAAAGUUUCUAGUAUAACUAGUAAGACCUUAAUUUGCUGCUUCAGGUGUGUUUAAUUAUGGUGGGAGCUAAACUCUGCAGGACACCGGCCCUCCAAGGACGAAGUUGCACAUCCCUGCCCUAGAGCAUUCAGAACUCCUAAAGUUGUGGUAGUUGACACCGUAGAUCAGUGGCAUCUGGUGACUUCUCUUCCGAAGAGUGCGAAUUCAAAAUAUGUGUUUGUUGCAUCAUGUGAACUCUGUGCAUCAUGCAUCUUGUCAAAAUACGUGUCUGCUGCACACGUGUUUAAAGGGUUUAUGAUAAAUUACAUAUUGUGAUGAGCUUUACAUCAUGCACCAUCGAAAAAGAAGUCACUGGCCGCCACUGUCGUAGAUCAGUAUUGUGAUUUUUAUGAUAUGCUGAACUACAGUAUUGUUCAAACAUUUAGGGUGAUUGAAAUGGUUCUCACAAACUUAGUAAUCUUUUUAUCGAAAGGUGUAUAAAUAUUAGAAAUAACUUUUGUUGACUGAAUUAUAAGUGACAAAAUUUUUUACUCAUUUCUUUCAUUAGAAAGCUAAUAUUGUAUUUAAACAAUAUUUUUUUUAAAUGGACGACUUGAACCAAAUAAUGUACAAAAAGCUGCCAAUAAAAGCCUGUUAUAGAUGGAAAUGUCUUUUAUACUGUUUUAAAAGCAUUUCACAGCAAGACCUCAAGAACCUGCUUGAUAAAAUCCCGAAGUAAAACUUUACAAACUCUAUAGUCACAGGGUGACUAGACUAAAGAU